CAAUCAUGAUAAGCAUGAUCAAAUGAAUUUAUGGCGUUGGACUUCACUCUUGUAUUACAAAAAGAAUUAAUUUUCUAACCGAAAAUAUAAUAUUUUCGUUAACUUUAUAGUCGAAAACGUGAAAAUUGAUACGAAUUUUGUUUAAAAAGAACGCCGGCUAGUGAGUUUAUGACAGAUUUUGCUGGUUUUCAAGAAGUAUUUUGGAGCAAAUGAUACUCUGAGAAAAGAAAUUCUUAGUGAUUUGAGAAUAGAAAGAAACCUCAAAAGCAGAAAGUCAGAUUUUGUAAAACUUUAUGAUGUCCACGACACUGAAUAUUAAAAAUCCGGAGGUGCCUGGGCUGGAAUGUUUGUUACCACCACCUCCUCCUCCACCACCUCCUCCAAAUAUAACUGUAAACGAAUCCCAUCCUCCACCUCAUCAACCAGGAUUACCAACUCCUGUUCCACCACCUAGUGGAACUUUUGGAAAUGUAAUGCCCGCCCCAAAUUAUUAUGCAAAUAUUCUAACCCCGAUACAAACUCAUUCGGCUUCGACGCCCUGGUGGAUUCCCACUGACGCGGAUUCUUCGGAUGUUUACGCUCAUUGGUAUGCAACUUCCUACAAAGCAGGAGUUCAACAACCAACAGGAACAUCGCCAGUCAUUCCCGCUGGUGAAAAAAGCAAGUCAAAACCCAAGUUUUUGAAGAGGAAGAGCGAGGCGAUUGAUCCUCGAAUCGAUGCUGAAAAAGUUGCCACAGCCCAAAGAGAAUUGUCAGCUUUAAUGAAACCACUGAAGUGUGACCUUUGCAAUGCUGUUAUGAAUUCAACUCUUCAAGCAAAGCGACACUACGAUGGAAAACCACAUCAAAAGAAGGUUUCCAUGUUUUUGAACCAAAAUGCAAAGAAAUUAAAAGCUGACGAUGGACAAGUUACAAGUACAACUGGCAACGAUUGGAACAGUUAUUGCGAGAUUUGCAAGACCUGGUUUACAUCGCAAAUGGACGCUGCCCAACAUUAUGCUGGAAAAAAACACAUCAAGGCUGCCCAUGGACUCGCUCGCCCAAGUGCUAAGAAAAAAGCAGCGAGCCAGGCAUUUAAAGAACCAAAAGACCCAACUGGCCGCUUCGGAGUCGGAGUGGGUUUUCAAAAAGCAGUAACGGUGAAAGUUGAGCCUGUAGUUUCUGUUGUUCCAGAACCUACACCUGUGCCUGUGCCUAUGCCUAUGCCUGUGCCUGUGCCUGUGCCCGUGGCUUCUCCCAUAGUUCAUUAUGCACAACCUGUACAACCUGCACAACCCGUUUAUCCACUAACUUUACAUUGCGAGAUGUGUGGUGUUUCUACAAAUCGCGAGGAUCAACUGGAAACUCACAAGCGAGGCGCUCGACAUCUCCGAAUGCUUAAAUUAAAUGGAUUACCAGUUCCUGAAACCGUGCCAGAAGUACCAAGUGGUCCCGUAAUUUCUGGGCCGAUUGAUUAUUCAAUCUACAGGACGCCAUCAGGUCAAUAUUACUGUGCGCCCUGCAAUCUUUCCCUAAACUCGGAGAUAACUUUCGCUCAGCACAUAGAGAGCAAAAAGCACAAGAAUCAAGUAAAUCCGAAAGUGCAGACGACGCCCGCAACACCAUCAAAAAAGUCUCACAAGAAAAAAUAGAUUCGGCAAUCUAGAGUUUAUUUUCUUCGUUCCACUUUGCCUACGGUUUUCUCCCAAUCAUUAGAGAACUUCUAACACCAAAACUCUGAAUUGCACUAUUAGUCUUAAGCUACCCAAUUUAUUAAAAGUUAUUGUAUAAUCGCCCAAAAUUCUUUACACUUAUCUAUUUUCAUAAUUAACAAUUAAUCGUUAAUUAUUAAUGAAUCAUUAUUCAUUAUUGUGUUGUGCGACGGUUCCCGAAUCGAAGAACAGAACCUCGACGAGAUUUGUACCUAGCACGAAUCAAUUUGUUGUUUUAUUUUGAAGAAAAUACACUUUAUUGCAAUAUUCA